AGGGAGGGAAAUCUCCACGGCGGCCGCCAUAUUGCGGACCUGUCAGCGGACGCGGCGCUGCCGCUUUGCGCGACUACUCCUGCUGCAGGACCAGCGGCGCAGCAGCACCACCGCCGCCGUCAACAAGCCCUGAAGAGCCGACGAGCGAGAGCGCGCGGCGCCUGGGAGAAGCCCCGCAGCGCCUCCUACGGAGUGGGCUGCGCGCGCGGUCGGCGGCGGUUGAGCCAAACCAGCCCCCCCCCCCCCGCACCUCUGCCGGACCAGAGUUGGCUGCUGGGAGGGGACGGCGGCAGUCGACCGCAGCUCGCCGCCGGGCGCCUCAGCCCAGCCAGACGACUCCUCCUCCUUCAGAUCUACUCCACCCUCCCUGCAAUGACCACCUUUGUCUUUGCACUUUUAGAGAAAGGGGAAGGAAUAAGAUUGCAAUACAUCUGAUGGUUUAACUGAACAAGCAGCACAGAAGAAGAGGAAAAAUGCCGAAACCAAUUAACGUAAGAGUUACCACCAUGGAUGCAGAGCUGGAGUUUGCCAUCCAACCCAAUACAACAGGGAAGCAGCUUUUUGAUCAGGUUGUAAAAACAGUUGGCCUACGUGAAGUCUGGUUUUUUGGGCUGCAGUAUGUGGAUAGCAAAGGAUACUCAACGUGGUUGAAGUUGAAUAAAAAGGUAACACAGCAAGAUGUAAGGAAAGAAAAUCCUCUUCAAUUCAAAUUCAGGGCAAAGUUUUUUCCUGAGGAUGUUUCUGAAGAGUUGAUCCAAGAUAUAACUCAGAGACUGUUUUUUCUGCAAGUCAAAGAAGCCAUCUUAAAUGAUGAAAUAUAUUGCCCACCUGAAACUGCAGUUCUGCUAGCUUCUUAUGCUGUUCAAGCCAAGUAUGGAGAUUACAACAAAGAGAUUCAUAAACUGGGGUAUUUGGCCAAUGACCGACUUCUUCCUCAGCGUGUUUUGGAACAGCAUAAAUUGACAAAAGAACAGUGGGAAGAGAGAAUACAGAACUGGCAUGAAGAACAUAGAGGGAUGUUAAGGGAAGAUUCCAUGAUGGAAUACCUCAAAAUUGCACAAGAUUUGGAAAUGUAUGGAGUCAACUAUUUUGAAAUAAAGAACAAAAAGGGAACUGAGUUAUGGCUCGGUGUUGAUGCUUUGGGUUUGAAUAUUUAUGAACAUGACGACAAGUUGACUCCCAAGAUUGGCUUUCCUUGGAGUGAAAUCCGAAAUAUUUCAUUUAAUGACAAGAAGUUUGUGAUAAAGCCCAUUGACAAAAAGGCCCCUGAUUUUGUAUUUUAUGCACCACGUCUGAGAAUUAAUAAGCGGAUAUUGGCACUGUGCAUGGGAAACCAUGAGCUGUACAUGAGAAGGAGAAAGCCAGAUACAAUUGAAGUUCAACAGAUGAAGGCUCAAGCUAGGGAAGAAAAACACCAAAAACAAUUGGAGAGGGCACAACUAGAGAAUGAAAAAAAGAAAAGGGAAAUAGCAGAAAAAGAGAAGGAAAGAAUAGAGCGUGAAAAGGAAGAAUUGAUGGAACGGCUAAGACAAAUUGAAGAACAGACAAUGAAGGCCCAAAAAGAAUUGGAAGAACAAACAAGAAGAGCUCUAGAGUUGGAUCAAGAGCGAAAGAAAGCAAAAGAGGAAGCAGAGCGUCUGGAAAAGGAACGGAGAACAGCAGAAGAGGCUAAAGCUGCUCUGGCAAAGCAGGCUGCAGACCAGAUGAAGAAUCAGGAGCAGCUAGCAGCAGAACUAGCUGAAUUCACUGCUAAGAUUGCGCUUUUAGAGGAGGCCAAGAAGAAGAAGGAAGAAGAAGCUUCAGAGUGGCAACACAAAGCAUUUGCAGCCCAAGAAGAUCUGGAAAAGACCAAAGAAGAAUUAAAGACUGUGAUGUCAGCUCCACCCCCACCCCCUCCCCCUCCCCCACCAGUAAUUCCUCCAACAGAGAAUGAACAUGAUGAACAGGAUGAGAAUAAUGCUGAAGCGAGUGAAGAACUGGCUUCUGAAGGGGUGGUGAAUCACAGAAGUGAGGAAGAACGUGUAACGGAGUCUCAGAAGAAUGAACGCGUCAAGAAACAGCUACAGGCCCUGAGUUCUGAGUUGGCCCAAGCCAGAGACGAAACGAAGAAAACCCAAAAUGACGUCCUUCAUGCUGAAAAUGUUAAAGCAGGUCGUGACAAAUACAAGACUCUUCGACAGAUCCGACAAGGCAAUACAAAGCAACGCAUUGAUGAAUUUGAAGCAAUGUGAGAGCGGUUAUUUUGCAUAUAUGUUCUUCAUUAAGCUUGAACCACCAGCAGAGAGAAACAGGCCUUUCCAUGUAUGAAAGGAACACACCCCACCUUGCCAAAGCACUUAUACCAGUUUGUGGUUAAAUCGCAUUUCAUGAAAGUCAUUCAACAAUAAGGCAGCCUGUCAUCUGUGGCCCUUUGCGGGUUGUGGUAGCAGUUUCCAUGAUCUCAUGUUGCAUAUUUUAUUUGCCUUCUGAAAGGCUAGCAUGAUUUCAUGCUGACAAAACUGCUUGCGCAUUGAUUGUGCAAGGGAACACUAGCUUCCAGCAUAUAACUGACUACAAUUUUAGCAUGGGUGCACUUUGGAAAGCUCUUAUCAAUUUAGCAAAGUUGCAGGAAGUUUGAUAUUGUUGAAUUCAUUGUGGAUUUAUAGAGGGUCCCCCCACCCCUGAAGUGGAAUUCUUUGGUGUUUCACGUCCUAUCAUCAUUGAUGGUUUUCUUUGCCUACCUGUUCACAAAGGUCUAGAUGGCAGAUAACUGUUCCAGCACACAUUCUUUUUUACUUUUUGUUUUAAAAAGAAGUGGAACAUUACCUGUAGAAAGUCUUCUGCUUAUAGGUCUCUUCUAACCAACGCCCUUUGUUCUUUAGAUAAAAGUAGGAAAAACCAAAAUGCUAGAUUCUUCUAUCCUGUUAGUCUUUCUAUAUGAAUUGCAGUGUGGAAAACCUGGACCUUUCUGGCAAGGGAGCAUAUGAAAACAUCAGUCCCAAGGAGGGGACAGUAUCCUACCUCACUACAAUAUACAUGAUGAUUGGUCCUUCAAACACCAUAUUGAAAUCCUAAUUUUGUUAAGAUGGGUCUCCUCUGUAGCUAAACACUACACAAAUCUAGGAGCCAUUAGUCUUUUUAAUAGUUUGUUUUAUUACAGCAUAGCUUUAUAGUGUUCAGUGUUGUUCACCUGCCUUUUUGUUGAGAGAAAAUGCACAUCAUGUAUUUUAAGUUUUUGAAAUGUAACCUGUCACUGGUAUACGAUCCAAUGAGAGGGUGUGUAAUGUUUGAAUGAGCAUGUCUUCUGGAUUCCUUUGUACUAAAUUAACCUUGUUGUCGGGCUCCUUUCUCAGUGAAGCCUGUGCAUAAAACGAUGAUGCCUUGCACUUGCUUUUGAGGCCCAUUUGCACAUCAUGUUCCUCCUGUUCCUUCCAUCUUCACUGGAGAUGCAAGGGAAUGGCAUAUGUAUGCUUUGCAUUUUCAGGAAACCCAGUCAUGGGAAUUGUGGCAGAGCAGGGGCAAAGAGCUGUAUGAACAAACCUACAGACUGAAAUUCAGCAUACGCUCUGUGCUUAUUGAGUGUAUGUUUACAACUGACAUUGAAUUGCCGCAUCUCUUAUCUGUCUAAUCAAAAUUGGACACCUUUAGAAUUUGAUGACCAUAUGGUUCAUAGAAAUCAAACUGAAAUUACAUUCUACUUGUAUACAUUUUAAACUAGAAAUUGGGAGAGAGAAGCCUUACUUUCUCUGAGGAUGGUUCAGCUAUCUUCUCUUUGGUAUUAUGCACUCAGAAAAAGAAAUUACACUUAUCUAUUAAAAUUGCCAUUUUGUUACACUUUCAUGAAUAGGUUUAUCAACCCUAUUGAGGGCAAAGGCUUUUCUGAAUUUAAAGGUCUAUAGAGCGAGGAUCUCAUGAAAGGGACACACACACGUGCGCACAUGUGCAUACACACACGUACGUACAUACAUAGCUAGCUAACCUUACAUAGACUGGCGUGCAAAUGCUGUGUACGUGAUCAGAAUACUGACUGCCCUUGGUGUUUCUGCUUUCAGGAGCUGAAAAUGGGGCUUUUGUAUUGCAAGUUUUCAUGCAUUGAAUCAUGAAAUCUCAAUUUCCAAAGUGUUAGACCAUUUUGCCAUAGCAGGUAAAAUGCUGUGCUGGAGUUUCAUGGUUCAUCCCUGAAAUGUGUGCACAGGCAUUGAUAUGCCAGUCUGUCAGCGUGAGGGGAAAAAUACAUUUAGAUUUGCUGUUCAUAAUCUACAAUGUAUAGAUUAGGAUUUAAAUGGAUGUAAUCCAUUUAUAAAGCUGUGUGAAUUUUUCUAAGCAACCAGGAAUAAACAUCUGUAAAAGUUUUUUUCACAGUGAACAAAGGGGUGAUAAUGGUAGUCACCAGCUGUUGGGGGCACACGAACUGAUGCAGAGGCAUUAAGAAAAUACUUGAAGUAUUUUCCCCCCCAACAUGCUUCUCCAGUUCUUCUCCCCUCACCCUUAGCAUCAUGUUUUGUGUUGUAAAAUUAAGCUAAAGUUAAUAACAUCUAUUAUUUUGGAUAACAUUUGUUGGCUAACAAUAAAGAGAAUACAGUUCA